GUUGGCUAUUGCCUGGUGAAUGUUGAUGUCAGCGAAGGCGACAGAGCAGCGUGGCCUAUGCGUUUGAGGAGGGAGUAAGACAAUCGUCCCGACUGAACUCCCACUAAUAUCUUUUCUUUUUUCGAAUUAUUGUGAUUUCCUUUUCCGGCGCUUGAUGCCUUCGGGUAUCAAUUGGGAGACCUGGGAAUCGAUACGCUGGCCGUCGGAAGCGGCGGGUCACGGGACGGUAGCGAGCGAUCCAGACCGAAACGGACGGACUGACUGGACUUCGUUCAGCAGGACCGAAACAGCUUUGCUUCCAGCUGGAAAUAAUUAUUACUCUAUCUAUCGACGCUACUCGACUCUAGCUACUACUCCAAACCUCUCCGCUCCACCCGCUGCGGACCAUCCGAACCCAGCUUCGAUUUCUCAUUAUUUUGCCAUCUUGCUGAACGUCCCGUUUCAACAGGUAUUAUCUUCCUCCCCUGCUCUCUUCGUAAGUCAACACCCCCCUCCUCCCUCGUCGAGGCGUUGUUGCUGCUCUGGGCAGAUGUUUGGAAAGCCUUCAAUCCCCGUCCGCUCAUCCGCUGUACUCUAUCUGUCAUUCAUCUCCCUCUCGCUCUGUCCAACUGCUGGUCGACGGGCAGCUGUGCUUGCUUGCUUGCUUUUUGCACUUUGCAGUCUGUCAGACGCUGGUCGCAGAAUUGUCUGCGUCAAUCCAGACAGCCAUCCUCCCUCUCCGGUCCAACCAGCGUUGGCACGCUCCAGCUUAGCUCGCCGCAAGUCGAGCUAAUUAUUGUCCGCACGGCCAGAUAGUAGUCAGUCGAGAAUCACAUCCGCACGCUUGACCACCCUUUCUUCCCUGAGACCGCUUUGCCAGACCGUGGCCUUGCCUCCCCGGUCCUCUCUACUAUCGCCCCAAAUCGUCCUUGUUCGUCGAGACCGCAGCAGUAUUCUGUCGUUUCAGCCGU